UGUAUUCCUAGCUGGACUGCCUGUGGACUUAUUACAUCAGUCGAAAUGACAGUGAUUAAAAUCUGCCAAAUCUAAAUCUACUCAGGGACUGACAGUUGCCUGUUAGGUUUCGUUGCCCCCCUCUUAUAACUUUGCACCGUUAGGAGGAAACCGGCUAUUUUUGCCCUAAAAAGCUUGAAAAGUUGUUAUAUCUGAGUAGCCAUAAUUUCAGGAAUAGGAGGGUAUCACGUUCUCUUCCUUGAGAAAAUUGCCUAGGCGAGAGAGUGGAGUUGAGCUAAUUGUAGCCUAAUCCCUGGCCCAGAGGCGCUCGGGCAGCCCGGAGCAAGAAUUUUCUUUUUUAGCUCCGCUCUGUUAUUUAGAGAAGGAUUAUUGGCUUUCUUCCUCUCAUAACAAACCACAGGGGCAGUUUCAUUUAGGCAAAAAGACAGACAAGAGGCAGAAAUACGAAGCAGGACUCCAACCAAGAGCGCACAUUUUUACGCGUAUCCAAAUAAGAGCAGAGAAGGGGAAGGAGAUCAUCUCAUCUAUGUACAAGGAGGGAAGAAGCAUGUCUCGGCUGUCUCUGACCCGGUCCCCGGUCUCCCCCCUGGCCGCGCAGGGCAUCCCUCUGCCGGCGCAGCUCACCAAGGCGAACGCGCCGGUGCACAUCGAUGUCGGGGGACACAUGUACACCAGCAGCCUGGCGACCCUCACCAAGUACCCGGACUCCAGAAUCAGUCGUCUGUUCAAUGGCACCGAGCCCAUCGUGUUGGACAGCUUGAAGCAGCACUACUUCAUAGAUCGGGACGGCGAGAUAUUCCGCUACAUUCUCAGUUUCCUGAGGACCAGCAAAUUGCUCCUUCCAGAUGACUUCAAGGACUUCCACCUGCUGUACGAGGAGGCGCGCUACUACCAGCUGAUGCCCAUGAUCAAGGAGCUGGAGCGCUGGAAGCAGGAGCGCGAGCAGCGGCGGUUGGCGCAGCCCUGCGACUGCCUGGUGGUCCGGGUCACGCCCGACCUGGGCGAGAGGAUCGCCCUGAGCGGGGAGAAGGUCCUCAUAGAGGAGAUCUUCCCUGAGACGGGAGAUGUCAUGUGCAACUCGGUCAACGCGGGCUGGAACCAGGACCCAACGCACGUCAUACGCUUCCCCCUCAAUGGCUACUGCAGGCUCAACUCGGUACAGGUGCUGGAGCGUCUCUUCCAGAAGGGCUUCAGCGUGGCGGCGUCAUGUGGCGGCGGUGUGGACUCCUCUCAGUUCAGCGAGUACGUGUUGUGUCGUGAGGACCGACGGAGUCUCUCCAUCAACACGCCCAUUAGGAUAAAACAGGAGCCCCUGGACUAGAGCCUUCUGGGAGAGGGACUGGCAUCAUCACCCCCACCUCCCAGCGACAUGCCCUCCGUCUCCUCGCCCAGCCGCCCCUUCCCCGUCCCUGCUCCAGCAGGACCAACGCCACCACCCCCCCCCUCCUACGAUACACCUAAGUAUUCGCAGAGGCUUGUUAACCUCGCCAACUCUGCAGACCUCUGAGGGGAAUGUAGUACCAAACAAAGGAAGAGGAAAAAAAAGAAGAAAAAAAAAGCAUCAGCAGCAAAAGUUUCUCAUUAUGUUAAAUAAUGCCCAAAGAGUCUGCGACUGUGAUGAAAACAACAACAAAGACAAAUGGAUGCUGCAGCAGCUCACAGUCCACCAUUUCUAGUGCAGUAACUGGUAUAUUAUCCCGUACCGAUUUAGGAGAAAAGGUGUCCUGAAUCUUUUUUAGGGAUGUAACUCCCCCGUACUUGAACCUCAGUCCGCGCAGCAUCCGCCUGCGACUCCUCCAGCGGCGCAUCAUCGGUUCUGUGUCUGCGAGGCCCACGUCUUCGCUGACAAGAGUGGCCUGCAGUGGGCCAAACAUGCAUUGGCAGACAGAAUGUUUUUCAGGAUGACAAGAAAAGGACGUAGUCUAAUUCUUUUUUUUUUUUGUUUUUUUGCCCCCCCAAAAAAUGCCCCAAACCACGAGACCCCAUCACCGCCACAGGCCUGGCCCCAGACCUCGCCGGACACAGCAUCAUUGCCAAACUGAUUGUUUAUUACAGUUUUUCAUUGUCGUUUCUAAAGUGUUUUCUUCGUGCUCCUUUUACUGUUUUUGUUUUACUUUUUUUUUAAAAAUAUUGUAAACAAAUAUUAUUAAUAGGAUUAUUUCUAAUGCCUCUUCUUUUCCUUUCUCCAAAAUGAAGGAUGUGUAUGACGUUGUGUUCAUUAGGCUUCGAGUGCUUGCGAGGGAACGAUUCUUGGCAAAAGCUGGAGGAACUCAGAUGUCUGCAGGCUAUGUGGCGAAAGCAAUCUGACUAGCAGCGCUUCCCGAGCCAGAGAGAGUCCCAGCGUUCAAACGGGAGCCGAAGCAAACCUGGAUGCUUCAACGUUGUUUAUAGUUCAAUGUGUUGGACACGUUUAAAAAAAAAAAAAGAAAGAAAAAGAGGAAAAAAAAAAAGAGUUUAUACGUAUUAGCUCUAAAACAUAUCCGGGGUCUUUGAUUGAAUUUGCUCUCAAAAGAACAUUUUGCUUAUUUUCAGCACAAGUUUCAGAGUGUUUAUAAAUCAUAGAUUCAGGACAAAGUUGCACAAGCUGUGAGUGCGUUGCAGUUUUGUUGAGUAGGAAUGUUAAAGACUCGAGGACCAGCAAGGAGAGCUCACGUUUACCAGUACGUCUCACGAUCAGCAAAGAGAUGUACUUUAAAUGCUUCAUGUUGGGGUUUUUUUUUGUUGGUUUUUUGCACUUAAACAUUUUCCACGGAGCUUCUCUGCCCUGCUCCCUCAGAAACAGUCGUGGAAGCCGUUCAAGCUGUUUUUCCUCUCAUGUUUUUGCAGACUUGUGAGAUUAAAGAAUUCAAUAACAGGAAAAAAAAAAAAGAACAUGUCCAGCAGAACAAACACUCUUCUCUAGGUGCCAAACCAGAUAAGGUGCCUGUUUUGUUGAUUCUACAAAUAUAAAGAUGUGUUUUCUGUGCAGUUUAUAGCAAAAGAAGACGCGAUGCAUUAUUCAGAAGUGUAUGAAGGAUUGCAGCAUUUGAUCCUCCCGGCCUCCAGUCCUGACAGUUUUGCUGAGAACAGCCCACAGUACCUUCAGACCAAGUUUGAGAGACAAAGUCUUGCGGGUUCAGUAUUGUCACUUCUAAGCCAAGAUUAUUUCACACAUAUGUAUGGCAGAACCCAAAGUGAACAGUAUUCAUCAUGCAUCAGUAUGUUAUUCACAAAGAGGCGAGUGGGUGGCAUUUACGCUGUCCUGCUCUCAUUCUUUUGCUCUUAUUCUUAACAGUUCUGGAUCAAAGACAGAAACAAGAAAGGGCCAAGUUUUUAUAUUUGUAUGUAACUUACACAUGCUGUUUCUUCCUUUCCAACAGACUGAAAGAAGAAAAAAAAAUAAUAAAGAAAAAGCCUGAUCUUUGCGGGUGCUGGCAGUUGCUCGAGUUAAACCGGGCUUGUUUUAGUUGUUCAUUAAACGUGGGCUGUAGCCGUUCCGACCAUGUUGUCCUGAUCGAGCGUUUGCUCUUUCUGAAUGCCUCUGAUUAAACCAGUGAGUGGAUGAAGAUGGGCUUGCUAGGAGCAUCCAUCGAGGUCCAGUGUGCCCCCCUCCCGCCCCCCCCGGGGGUCUCCGUUACAGUCCAGACCCUCUUUGUUCUGACCCGCCAGGGGCCCUGCGCCUUUGCAUUCAGACGCCUCAAAGAGAAUGGUCAACCAGGCCUUUCAUGUGGCAGGGCUUGGUGGGCUCUUCACAGUGGCCCCCUCCCGGCUCGCUGGAGGAUGCCGGUUCAGUGGUGCCAGUAGAAACCCGGGUAGCACCCCCCCCCCCGCUGCCGUGUGGCCCUGCGUCCCCCUGGUUUCAGAACUCCCUCCCAGCCCCAGCAUGCUGGACCGCACUGCAGCAGACCAAACAAAGUGAUGAGUCAAAGCCGGAGCAGGCCGCACCGUGCAGCCAGCAGCCCCGACCCUGCUGACCCGGCCGGGGCGGUUACCGCUAAAAGAGGGUUCAAAAUGAUCGGUGGGAUGUGCCGGGUUCAAAUGCUAAAGAGCAAAACAGUCAAGCACCUAUAAAAUAAAACGAUUGUUCAUUAAUCCAAACAAGGAAAAAGGAUCAAAAGACGGGAAAGUGUGUUUCUCUGGCUGCAAUAAUCAAACCCGGGAUUCCCCUGGUGACUCAGCGUUUAGAUGACAGGUUAACCGACAGCAGCAGUCAGGCCUGACGGGACGGGAAACUUCACGGACGUGUUUGCUCAUGUCACGCUUUUCAGACGGAGAGCCGGUCAGCGUUCAGCCAGCCCACGUGGCAUCCGCUUCCCCCGCUGCGCCGGGUCACCUGUACAGUUCUUGUAUAUUGAAUUAUCAGGACUCUGGGUUUUAUUGAACCCUCUCUCUUUUUUUUUUUUUUAAGAGACCUUGUGGUCCUCUUUGCAGAAAGAAAGAAAAAAAAAAGACUAAAAGCAAAACAUUACAUUGUGUACAUAUGGAUUAAAACAUUUCAAAGGGUAUAAUAAGGUGCAAAUGUAUAUUAUUUAAGGUGUUUAAAACAAUUAGACUGUGGUAUUAAAGGGCAUGUGUUCAUUUACAAUGUCUCCAUUUGACUUUUCUUGCAUAUUUGCGAUAAUAAAAGGA